AUGGACAACAUACCAAAACAUAUUGGAUUCCACAUCCAAUUACUUGGACGAAUUGAUGAAGAAGGUGAACUCGAUUUAGUUUUAAGAAUGCCUUUUGUCUCGGCAUUAGCGGUGGCAACGUGGACAGGCCUGCAGGCCUGCGGGCCUGCUCGCAAGCCCAUCCUAAAAAGGAGUCUCAUCACUCCAACUGAGUUGAUAAAGAUGAGUUUCAAGAGCAGCCCUAAAAUUCAGCACAAGGGAGACUCUCCUUUCCUGUCUAGGCAAUCAUCCAACUCUAGUUUUAGGACCAAUCCACAGAAGAAUGCUGAGCCACGUAUUGUGGGGUGCUGUGGAGGUUUCGGCAAUGGUAAGACAAUGGGGUCCUCUGCUUCCACAUCUCCACAACAUCCAAACCACCCACAGUACCUAAUAUUGCAAGAAAAGGUGGGAGAUUUGGUGAAGGAGGUGCAGAAGCAAACAGAACAAAAAGUGAUGUACAAGAAAAGAAUGGAAAGGACACAAGACUACUUGAGAUACUGUCUUCAGAUAGCACAAGAAAAUGGAAUAUUGGAUCUCAUUCUCAACUCAAAAGGUCAAUUUCAACAAUCUCCACUCUCUCUCCACGCCAUUACCAGCCCUCAAAUUCCAAUUCAAAGUCCCUCUACUCCACCACACCAUGCCAACCACCCCGAUCUAGCCCCCAUAAUUCAUCAAGCUAAAAUCAAUGGCUGGUAUAUUCAUCCAAAUGAGAUUGAAUUGGAAGAGAAAAUCGGGGAAGGAAGCACCGCAGAGAUUCACAGAGGAACAUGGCGCGGAUUUGAGGUCGCAGUGAAGUGCAUUUCGCAAGACUUUUUCCGCACAAACGCCAACGGCGUCGUUUACUUCUCCCAGGAACUCGAAACGCUGUCGCGGCAGCGCCACAGGUUUGUGCUUCAGCUCAUGGGCGCGUGCAUCGACCCUCCCUGCCGCGCCUGGGUGGUCACCGAGUACCUGAGCACCACGCUGAAGGAGUGGCUCCAUGGGCCUGGGAACCGGCGCAGGGAGCGGAAGGUGCCACUUCCACCCUUCCAGGACAGAGUGGGCCGGGCCUUGGAAAUAGCCCAAGCCAUGCAGUACUUGCACGAGCAAAAGCCCAAACUCCUUCACCGCGACUUGAAGCCCAGCAACAUUUUUCUUGAUGACGCCAUGCACGUUAGAGUCGCCGAUUUCGGCCAUGCGCGGUUCUUGGGUGACCAAGAAAUGGCCCUCACUGGAGAAACAGGAACAUACGUUUACAUGGCACCAGAAGUAAUCCGAUGUGAGCCUUAUGAUGAAAAGUGUGAUGUGUACAGUUUUGGGAUCAUACUGAACGAGCUACUAACUGGAAAUUACCCCUAUGUUGAGACAGAAUAUGGUCCCACCAAGAUUGCCAUGGAAGUUGUGGAGGGUAAGCUUCGACCUAAGCUUCCACGUGAUGAUGUUGAUAAAUUGGGAGAACUUAUUGACCUUAUUUGUCUUUGUUGGGACCAAACUCCAUCUACUCGACCAUCCUUUGCCACAAUCACCCUUUGCCUCAAAAGUUAUGCCAAGAAGAAAAUCCAUUAA